ACCCGGAGCGAUAGCUGCCUACAAAAGUACAAAUUAUCGAGUUUCUAACAAAGAUAAAGACGGCUCUGCGUCUCCUCAUCUUUGCCAACCGUAAUUUUAGCCAAAUAAUAAAGCCCAGAAAGGUGAAAAGUGCAGGAUCUGAUCCGCCCAUACUGCCACCCACCGAGGACGCCAGCAGAACAGCCUUGCACCCACAGCGGAGGCCGUGUGCGCACGAGUGCGAGCGAGAGGGCAGCAGGCGACGGCUACAGAGGCGAGCGGAUCAUUUUCGCAAGUGUUGUGAUAGAAAAAAGUGAAAGAAACUGCGAUAGUGAGCUCAAACCACCUCGGCCAGACAUGUCAUCAACCCCAGCAGCGGGCAGUGCCGCCGAGGUGGCCACAUCCAGUGCCACCUCGAAUGUCCCCAGCGCGCCCAGCACGACGGCCACCAAUGUGAGCAAUCCCAGCCAGACCGCGUCCGCCGGAACGCCGCAGGCACGUGGCGGCAGGGGCAGCAACGCCAACGGUGGAGCCUCCGGUAGCAAUGCCGCCGGCGGCGAUGAGCCGCGCAAGGACACCAAGCCCACGCCCAGGAUAUCCAAGGCCCUGGGCACCUCGGCCAAGCGCAUCCAGAAGGAGCUGGCGGAGAUCACACUGGACCCCCCGCCCAACUGCAGUGCCGGGCCCAAGGGCGACAACCUGUACGAGUGGGUAUCCACCAUCCUGGGACCACCCGGGUCCGUCUACGAGGGCGGCGUCUUCUUCCUCGACAUACACUUCUCGCCGGAGUACCCCUUCAAGCCGCCCAAAGUCACGUUCCGCACGCGCAUCUAUCACUGCAACAUCAACAGCCAGGGCGUCAUCUGCCUGGACAUACUCAAGGACAACUGGUCGCCGGCGCUGACCAUAUCAAAGGUCUUGCUGUCAAUUUGCUCCCUGCUCACAGACUGUAAUCCAGCCGAUCCGCUGGUGGGAAGCAUUGCCACGCAAUAUUUGCAGAAUCGCGAGGAACAUGAUCGAAUUGCGCGUCUUUGGACAAAACGGUACGCAACAUGAUGCGUAAAUUCUGGCAUCGUACAUGUACCACAAACCGAAAACUGCAGCAACAGAAACGAAAAUUCGCAUCUUGCAAAGGAGAAAGUCUAUUUUAUAAAUAUAUAUUAAAAUACGAUAACUAAUAAAUUAACAGUAAUACCUACCAUAACAUGUACACGUAGCAUGAACAGCAACCGCCAACAGCCAGUCGAUCCAAUUCAGCCUAUAUUUAUGUCGAGUUAAUACAACAGUUGUAAAAAAUUUGAAGAUUUCUUGAGUUGUAUUUUUCUGAAACGAGUUUUGUUUUUAGAUCGCUUAGCAACCGAAAACAUUGGAACGAGUCAAACGGGAGAAACACAUUCGAUUUAAAAUUGCAUCAUAAAUUGCACAUUGACAUAUUGAACUAUGAACUAUUCAACUGCAUAAAUAAAUAUAAAUACAAUUAGUUUACAUUAUAUGUGUACAGUGUUAAGUGAAAAUGGAGCUAAACGAGUAAAAAGAGAAGCCUAUUUUAAUGCGUAAUAUAUACAUAAAUGCAACCAAUGUCAGGGCAGUAAACUUCGUAAACGAUGAUUUUCAUUUAAAAACUGGCCACAGCAGGAAAAAUUCUCAUCAACAAAAGACUUAAUGUGCAGUGGUAAACGAAAAAC